AUGCAUAUUUCGGCUGUCUCUCUUCUUGCCCUGUUUGCCGGCGCUAUGGCCGUUCCGGUAUCCGACAACAGUAACACUCUGGAAAAGCGCUGCGAGUGGAACGAUGGCCACGGGCCAAUCAGCUGUGACUAUUUCAGUAUCGUCUUUGGCGCAGAAGGACGUGAGCGCUCAGAAUUUAUAAUCAAGGGCAACAACUUCGAGCAACGAGGUUUUCCGAGAUGCGAUCCCUGGCAAGGCCAUAAUUAUCAGCCAUUUUUCAGUCCGCUGCCCUACGUGGUUAUGGUGGCUCCUGGUAAUACCUGCGAGACUAGAUUGCCUGAGGCCUGGUGGGAUGAUCUGCAUAUCAAGUAUUCCAGCACCUUCUUGAAUGCACCUACAGACACCCGCUGUGGACCGGUCGAGAACGGUUGGGGCCGCCGUUGUAUCAUUGCUCAGCGUCCUUAA